CUUCGUGCCGAUGGCAGGCGUUCUUCGGGCGCUUCUCGAUCCGGAUUAUUAUCUAGUUCAUUGACACACUAGCAUUUCCAGCCUCUGCCAUGCUAAUAAAAUCGCUGUGACGCGCGUGCAGGGCAAUAACCGAGCCCUUAGCGCUGCCGUUUGUUUUUUUCCAAAGGGCCAAGGCACCGCGACGCGUUCGCCGAACGGCUGCGCCCGCGCUGCCACACAAAGGAACAUCGCUGUCGUCGCGCCGCGCCGCGCAUCGUAAGCGCCGCCGCCGUAGCGUAGCCGAAGAAAGCGCCGCCGCUGUCGAGCGUAGCCGAAGCGCGCCACCAUGGCGAAACACCAUCCCGACCUCAUCAUGUGCCGCAAGCAGCCGGGCAUCGCGAUCGGACGGCUCUGCGAAAAAUGCGACGGGAAAUGUGUGGUCUGCGACUCGUACGUGCGGCCCUGUACUCUCGUUCGAAUCUGCGACGAGUGCAACUACGGGAGCUACGAGGGGCGGUGCGUGAUUUGUGGCGGUCCUGGUAUUAGUGAUGCGUAUUAUUGCAGAGAAUGCACGCAGAUGGAAAAGGACCGGGACGGCUGCCCGAAGAUCGUCAAUUUAGGUUCAUCAAAAACAGAUUUAUUUUAUGAGCGGAAGAAGUACGGCUUCAAGAAGCGAUAGCGGUAAAGGCGUCCCCUCGUCUCUCGUCGUCGGCGUGGGGGGCGCUCGUGCUUGCUUCUUCUUGCUUCUUCUUGCUUGGGGUAGUAAGUGCGCUUUCUUCUUCUUACUACUGCCUAUGUAUCCAACGAGCGGUCUAAACGAGCGGCAGUCCUCCGUCUCGUCGCGGCCGCGUGCCGGGUGGCUUGGGCGGCGCGGCGCCGCGGUAUUUGUAAAGUGCGCCGGAGCGAUACCUCUUGAAGGCCGGACUCACCUUUCCGAGCGUGCGUGCGGCGGACGCUGGCUGGCAAGUUUGGGAGAUGACAGCAUAGUUGAUCUGCUCAUUGCUGUCACGCCCAUUCGUGCCCGUAGGACAACGCUGUGGCACGAUAACAGCUCGUCAGAACCGCAUCGAUCACGCGCAACGCAAGCGAUACGCAGACGAAGCGCGAACAGCAGUGCUCAACAAAGACCACCACAGCAGCCGAACGUCGCGACGACCGCACUACCACUACUACGUACUACAGUCGCGCCUGCAAGAUAAGAUGCGGACCCACCUCCUCGCGCCGCUCCUCCUCCAGGCGCACAGCCUGGUGGUAGCGCGGCUGCCGCCGACGCCGCAGCGCCGCUUAACUAAAAGACACAGCAGCGCGUCGCUCGAGAGCCUCAAGGUCGUGGGCGGCGAGACCGGGAAGAACCUCGUCCUGCCGCGGGGCGACGCGCUCGACGGCACCAUCACAAAGCUCGCGGUACCUGCCGUCCUCAAUUUCCUGAUAUUACCGCUCGUGGGCACCGUAGAUACGCUCUGGGUCGGCAAGCUGGGGGACCCGACGGCGCUCGCUGCAUUAGGUGCUGCGAACCAGGUGUUUAGCUCGAUAUUUUUUGUGGUCAGCUUCGUCCCUUCGGUGGUCACGCCUCUGGUCGCCGCGGCCCACGCGUCGGGCGACGAGACUUUAGUAAGGAAGCGUGUGAGAGAUGCGCUGUGGAUCUCGACGUGCAUCGGCGCGACCGCUUCACUACUACUAUUUGCCAAUCCGAAGCGAGCUUUGGGGUUGGCCCUACCGGCAACAGCGGCGUCCGAGGUGUGGAGUCAAGCAACGAAGUAUCUUACCAUUAGGGCAGGUGCUUUGGUGCCUGCGAUGGUCGCGUUCGUCGGCUUCGCGGCGUUCCGCGGUCGAUUGGACGUGCAAACGCCCCUACGGAUCACGUUGUUUUCCCAGAUGAUGAAUGUGGUAUUGGAUCCCAUCCUGAUUUUUGGGGCGGGUCUCGGGGUCGGUGGUGCGGCUCUCGCGACCGCAGCCGCGGAGGUGACCUCGGCGCUCACUUAUACCCUUUUACUGUUGAAGCGGGGCACGCUGCAACUCGCGGCGAAUCCCCUCAAGGCCCUGAAGCCGCCGCCGCUCGGAAGCUUGCUGCCGCUGCUGACGGGCGGGGCGGGCGUCUUGGCGCGGUCGGUGGCACUGAACAUCGCCUUCCUGAGCGUCACGCGCGCGACCCAGGCCAUCGAUCCUGCUGGUAAUGCGGCCGCCGCCCAUACGAUAGCGAUGCAAGUAUGGCAGCUCGGCGGCGUCGUGCUGUUCGCGUUGUCGUCGGUGGCGGCGGUUCUUGUACCCGCGGCGAUGAACGCGCCAAAGGAAGAAGGCGGCGGCGUCUCGCGCGCGAAGGGCGUCGCGGACCGCAUGCUGGGCUGGGGCCUGUGCGCCGGCGUGGCGCUCGCUAUAUUGCAAUUGGCGGCACUACCGCUCCUGAACGUGUUCUCGCCGGUCGCCUCGAUCCGGGAAGCGGCGCGCGCGCCGGCGGCCAUCGGCGCGGCCCUGCAGUUGUUGAACGGCGUGACCUUCGUGGCCGAGGGGAUCAUGCAGGGUCACCAGGCCUUCUUUCCCCUGGCUCGCAACGCGGCCGUGGCCGCGGGCGGGCUGGUGCUGUCGUUGCGGACCUUCGGGGGUACGUUGUCAGGCGUCUGGUGUUCCUUCGCGGUCUUCAACGCGAUUCGGUUCGCGGGCGCGUUUCGCCACCACCUCGUUACCGGACCUCUGGGGUCACGGGCGCGCGCCGAGGCGGCGCACCACUAGUAGUGUUUUCUCGUAAGUUUAUUCGGUCGUGGACGUGAGCAGUAGUUAUUUCAAUAGGGUAAGGGGAGAUCGCGAUAGAGCAGCAGGAGGCGACUUGGAGAGGCAUUGGGUGAAUUUGGGGUGUGC